AUGACGUCGUUUCAACUGCCCCGGAUCCUCGUUGUGGACCACUUCGACUCGUACACCCUCAACCUGCUCUCCUUGCUUCAUCCUGUUGCAAUCUCAGACGGCCACAUCUCGUCAGAGCAUCGAGAUGAGCUCACGCGUAGGAUCUCGGAUCGCGUCAUCGUCCUGCCGCACACACAUCCGCUCCUGGCUCCCGCCGCUUUUCACGAGCUGGUCAGGCCACACAUAGAUGCUAUCAUCCUUUCGCCCGGCCCCGGCAGUCCAGAUAAGGCCGCCGACUUCGGCGCAGCGGAGACGCUGCUCAAAGAUCAAUCGCUCAAUCUGCCUGUCUUGGGCGUCUGUCUUGGUCAUCAGGGAUUGGCAGUCGCCUUUGGGGGUCAGAUCACCCGCGCCAUCAGUGUCCGACAUGGUCUUCAGAGCAAGCUCAAGAUCUCGCAACCUUCAUCGUCGUCGAAGUCGCCGCGUUCCCACGUCAUCUCCUCCAUUCUCGAUAGCGUGCCCCAAGAUGCCCUCGUCGUUCGAUAUAACAGCUUGGUGGUCGACCCGGAAACGCUCCCCGACUGCCUCAAAGUGACCGCGUGGAGCUACGAUCAAGUGUCGUCAGCUCCGCCUCCUCGACCUGGCAACACGAAGAAAGCCGCGACUUCGCCGGUUCCGCUGAGACCGACGUCGGAUCCCAUAGCCCAGCUCAAGCAUCGCGAAAUGACUUCUCUCAGCCGCACUCCUUCCACGCUGCCAGUCUCUUCCCGCAACGGAUCGGAGCGACUUUCCGAGGUGGGAGAUAUGCCCCUGUCCGAAGCCACAAGCAUGGACGAUGACGCCGAUCCGGCAACACUUGUCGCCUUGGAGCAAGCACCGACUCCGGCCAUCAUGGCGCUUCAGCAUAAGACCCUGCCUUUUCACGGCGUUCAGUUCCAUCCCGAAAGCAUUGAAUCCCACUGGGGUCAUGCGAUCAUGUCCAACUUUCUCAGCAUCGUCCGCCAAUACUGGAACGAUCAGACAUCGGGAACAGACGCCGAGACGUCUUCGGAUGCUUUCAAGAGGGUUCAAGGGUGGGACAGUCCCGAACUCAAGCUUCCUGGUCACUUGACGCUCGCCAGCGAGCGUUGCUUAGCAAGCGAUACGACUUCAUCAGCAGAAGUUGGCACAGGCGCGCCUGACGUCAAAGAUAGUGCCUUCACCUUGCUCGCUCAGCGCUUGCCUUCCCUUCCAACUGAUCAUGACGUGGACAUGGUUCGCGUGUUUGACCAGCUCUUUCGUCAUUCUAGCCCAGCUGGAGCCGUUUGGCUUGACAGUGCCCGUCUCAAGGAUCCGCACAGCCGGUACUCGUUCAUGGCGCUGCCAUCCUUCAUCAUGUCUUACACGGAUGGCGCCGACAAAGUCGUUGUCUCAGGAGACGAGAAGUUAAGCGUCGAUGUCCCGUUCAGCGGCGCGAAGAACGACACCUUUUGGUCGUUCAUGAAUGAGCUGCAAGCCCAGCUGCAGUCAUCCAUUGACUUUACCGCCGCUGAUAACAUCCUUGAUGACGAUCAACGUGGUCACCUUUUCCGCACAGGCUUCUGCGGUUAUUGGGGCUACGAGAUGAAGAACGAAAGCCUGCAGCUCGAGACACGGGCGCCAACCGGCGACAGCAGGAACGCAUUCGACGCCGAGUUCUUGCACUGCCCCAGAGCCCUUGCCUUCGAUCAUCACCUGCACCAGUGGACUGCGUUCGCCUUGGUCGCCUCCUCUUCGUCAGCGGAUGUGCCAGGGCCCUUGGGUCAGAUCAAUAGCGCCCUUCACGAUCUGCAGGACGACGGCAAGCAAUGGUGCACUUGGGCCCUCGCCAAGUCAGACGCUGAGUGCUGGAUGCAAGAGACGCUCGCGAACGUCCUAGCCCUCUGCAAGCUGCCCAAGUCUCCUCCUGCAGACGCAGCUCAGAGCGCCGCCGCUUUCCGCGCGGCAAUGCCGCUGCUCCGACCUCGGAUGUUGGCCGAAGACUACAUGGACCAGAUCGAAACAGCGCGCGAGCUCAUCGCUGCCGGCGAGAGCUACGAGCUCUGCAUGACCAACCAGUUCCAAGGUCAGCUUGCGCCCCUCGCUUCCCUGCGCGACGCUGCCGAUACCGACCACUUUGACCUCUACUGCAAGCUGCGGGCUCGCAACCCUGCCCCCUACUCGGCGUUCAUCCGACUGCCAUCGUUACAAACGAACGAGACAGAGUCAUCCUCACGAAAGCGUGGACGUGCCAUCCUCAGCACGAGCCCGGAGCGCUUCAUGCGCAUCACGGCCGACGGUCAAGUCGAGAUGAAGCCCAUCAAGGGCACGCUGGCCCGUGCUGGCUUCGGACCAGGCGAACACAACAUGCGCGCUUGUGCCAACGGCACACCUGCCGAAGAAUUUGUCAAGCAAAAGUGGCGUGAGAGCGAGGACGAAGCGCGUCGAGCUCGGCUCUCCGCCGACGUCAAGGAACGUGCGGAAAACCUGAUGAUCGUGGACCUGAUCCGCGCGGACCUCUUCUCGUUCUGCAGGUCCGACAGUGUGGCCGUGCCCAAGCUCAUGCAGGUCGAGUCGUACGAGACGGUGCAUCAGCUGGUGACAACUGUCACGGGACAGCUGAAAGCGUCUGUCGGAACCACCGAGGCGAUUCGGCGGUGCUUCCCACCUGGCAGCAUGACGGGGGCGCCCAAGCGCCGGAGUGUACAGCUGCUGGAGAGGCUCGAGCUCAACCUGGCCGAUGCGGAGAGGGACGAUGCGCUGCGUGCACGCAGAGGCAUCUACUCGGGCGCACUCGGCUGGCUCGGUUGCGACGGUGCUGCCGACUUUGCGGUUGUUAUACGGACCCUCGUUGCUGACGGCGACGAUGUCUCGAUCGGUGCUGGCGGUGCUAUCACGUACCUUUCUGACGCAGAGAAAGAGUGGCAGGAGGUGCUCGAUAAGGUCACUGCUCUUGCCAAUAUCGAAGCUUAG